AUGGCAGACGAUUCCGCUCAAUCAACACUCGUAGAUAGCCGUUGUCUCCGAAAAGUUUCUUCAGAAGCUCCAUACCGAUUCGUUGAGCGGCUGCUGUACUGCAGUGAGUUCCUACCCUCCGGUCUAGCGUUUUUGCUGCAGGUUCUCAUAGAGUACUGGGACAAACUCCAUCCUACUGACAAUUUCACUCACAUCUAUGUACCAUUGUGCGGAAAGACAGUCGAUAUGCGGUGGCUUUACCAGAAAGGCGUGAUUGUUGUAGGCAGUGAUUUUGUUGAGGAGGCCGCGAUUGAAUUCGUGAAGGAACAUCCUCAGUUGGCCAUGUCUCGGACUGAGGUUACGUUAAAGAAUGGCGAACAGACUGUUGUCUACGAGAAUUGCGACGUUGAGCACAGCUGGCAGGAUGCCGUACACAUCGCUACCGCUGGAGUUAUAAGGCCUUUGCGCUGGUACCUUAUCAAAUUGCGCGCCGCAGACAUUGCCGAUACCUCAACCAACCCCAUAGUCACACGAGCCAAUGACAGCCAACCAUCACUAUUGGCCUCUGUGCGCCAGAGUUACCGACCGGCAAUGACUUAG